AUGAGCACCAGAAGAGAUGAUGAUGGUGAUGGAGUAACUGAGGUUGCUGAGGGUCUGGAAAAGAAAGUGUAUGUUUCGGAGAAACCUAAGUUGGAUGGGAGUACCUUCAUUGAGAAAGUGGUGGUCAAGGAGCCUUUUGGUGAUGCAAGUGCGAAAAAGCAGAAAUCUAAAGGGAAAGGGAAAGGGAAAGGGAAAUCGAUUCCUUCCCCAGAGGAGAUUGCUAGAAUAAGAGCUGAAAGGGCUGCUGCAAGAGAAGAGAAACAGAAAAAAAUGCUUGCUAAUGGCUUGGAUCCAGAUUGUCCUCCAGAGUUGCAAUUCAUCAGGAGACCGUUACUGACUCUGCAUGAUGAUGAACCGGAAAAAUCAUUUACAUUCACUUUGAUGACAUACAAUUGUUUAGCUCAAGCAUUGAUAAGAAGGAAAUUGUUUCCCGACAGUGGAGAAGCGGUCAAAUGGUAUAGAAGAUCAAGAGUAUUGUUAAAUGAAUUCAAGUAUUAUAAUCCCGACUUAAUUUGUUUGCAAGAGAUUGAUCAUAUCCAAUUCCAAAGUUUUUGGCAAGAGGAGUUUAAAAAGAUGGGUUAUGCUUCACAAUUCCAUAGAAUCCAUUCGAAAAAUCAUGGUGUUGCAAUUGUGUGGAAGAACAAUUUAUUUCGACUAACAGACAGAAUGUUAAUUGAUUUUGAUAAAGAACUAUCUGGUGACAUCCUUCCAAGAACAAAAACAAAUAAUACGGGUUUAAUACUUUCUUUGAAAUACUCUGAUUCUGUAUUAGCAAAGUACCCAGAAUUAGGUAAUAAUAAUAAAAGUGGUAUCAUAAUUGGUACUACACAUUUGUUCUGGCAUCCAUUUGGCACGUACGAGAGAACGAGACAAUGUUUUGUUUUAUUAAAUAAAGUGAAAGAAUUCAAGAAACGAGUAAAUGUAUUACAAAAUAAUAAUGACGGGAAUAUGGAUCAUUGGACAGCAUUCUUUUGCGGUGAUUUUAACUCUCAGCCAUUUGAUACACCAUAUUUAUCGAUUACUUCAAAGCCUGUUGAAUAUAAAGAGAGAGCCAAGAUAGUAAUUGAAUGUAGCACAUCUUAUACUUAUUCUAAAUUAAGAAAUGGUGACGAUGAUGAGGCAGAAGAUGAAGAAGGCGGAAAUAUUGAGAAGUUUGGAAAGGACCAACCCCAAACUCCAGUACCAGAUUCUUAUACUCCAACACCUGAGCAAGCUGAUUUAGUAUCAAAAAUGGAAUCAUUGCAUAACUCUCUCAAUAUGAAAGCUACAUCUUUAUAUGCAGUUGGUUAUAAGAAAGUGCAUCCUGAAAAUUCAGGACUAGAUAAUAAAAAAGGUGAACCAGAAAUAUCUAAUUGGGCUCAUUCAUGGAGAGGUCUGUUAGAUUAUAUAUUUUACGUUGACCAUUGGGACUUUUCAGAUUGUAAAGAGGUUGAAGAUUUUGAAAAGUUUGAAAAGAAGAAUCAUAUGAAAUUAAGAGGUUACUUGAGAAUGCCACCAGCAACUGAGAUGAGUAAAUAUGGUCAACCUCAUCAAGGUGAAUAUCCAAGUGAUCAUUUAUCAAUGAUGUGUAAAAUCGAAUUAAAUCCAUAA